AUCGCAGAAGAGCAGAAGCUUUCAUGGAAGGAUGAAGAUGGCCUAGAAAUCAAAAUCAUCAAGCCGAUAAAGAAAGAAAAAUGCACCAUCGUUUCCCAAGAAGGUGAUAUUGUCGAUCAGUACUACAAAUUGUCCGACAAAGAUGGAAAGGAAAUUGGAAGCAACUUUGGCAAGAAGCCAUAUACAUUCACACUUGGAAAGGGACAAGUGAUACCAGGAAUGGAUCGAGCUAUGUUGGGCAUGUGCAUUGGCGAGAAACGAAAAGUCGUAAUCCCAGGUCAUCUAGGCUUUGGUAGCAGCGGAAGAGAAAGGGAUAACAUCGAAAAGGACCAGACACUCUAUUACACUGUUCAGCUAGUCGACCUCUUCAGGGCUGUUCCUGGCGACAAGUGGGAGACAAAAGAGGGUAUCACUAUUGAGGUCACUCACAAAAUUGAUGAGGAGAAAUGCCGCAAGUCUGAGGCUGGAGACACCAUUCACCAGCAGUACAUUCUCCACCUUGAAGAUGGCACCUUCCAAGUCAUCAAGGGCAUGGACAUCGCCAUGACCGGUAUGUGCGAGGGCGAGCGCCGUAAGGUGAUCAUUCCCUCGGAGUAUGGCUACGGAGAUGAGGGCAGACCACCACAGAUUCCCGGAAAAUCUCGUCUCUACUUCGACAUCACCCUCGAGAAGUUGAUCAAGAAAGAUGAACUGUAA